UAAAGUUUUAUUUUUUAAGUUUUUUAAGUUUGAAAGAACUGACGUCAGAAGCUUGUUGGUGAUGACGUUGAUGUCAAGAGACCGCGGUGUAGUUAAGAGAAGGGCUCAUUGUCAGCAUCUUCACAGUCGUAUGAGUAUAGUGAGUAAACAGCUGGAGGAUUAUUGUAAAAUGAGGCUGGUCCAUGGAUUGGUCCUGGUUCUAGCUGUCUUGGUUCUGGCUGCAAUACAAGGAGUGGAAUCUGAAUGUCAGGACUGGAGUCCUGAAAGGGAUUCAAAAAACGUGUGCUGCAAAAAAUGUAAACCAGGAAACCGUCUCAUCACUGACUGUGGUCCAGACCAGAACGCUCUGUGUAGUCCAUGUGGAAAUGACACCUACAUCUUAGAUACAAGUCAGAAGAACUGUCUCAGGUGUACUCAAUGCAUAGGUGUCAUGCGUGUUAAGGUGAAAUGUUCAAGCAGCAGUGAUACGGUUUGUGAAUGCUCUCAGGGUUUCCGUUGUGGAAAUGAGCAGUGUUCAUUCUGUGUGAUCGAGUGUGUCAAAGGCCAACAACCUAAAGACAGGGAGUGUGAACCAUGUCCUCCAGGAACGUUUAAUGACCAAAUCCAUCAACCAUGUAAAAAAUGGAGCAAAUGUACAAAGCCAGGUCAUGAAAUCAUUCGUCUUGGAACGGCCGAGUCGGAUAUAAAGUGUGGCUCUAAAACAGAACCAAACCAAACCACUUCUCCACCAGAUAACAGACACAAAGAUUCCCCUCCAGAAAAUAUGGAAAGCAAGGUCACAGCUAUUCUCGUCACAUUUGGGGUAUUUUGUAUAGUGAUACCCACAUUAACAAUCCUGUACCUGGAGAGGAAAAAGAUCAAGAUCAUUGACAAACCCCGGGGUACAAAGGAUGCUCUAACUGAAAAGAAGACUCCUGAAGAAUGUAGUUUUUGUUUUCCACAGCAGGAACACGGUGGCAGCAGUCAGACGUCCAUGUCAUCUCUGGUCUCUGAAGAGAAGAUCUUACCUUUAUGUGGAUGAAAAGUGUUUCACUCUGUGUGUGUGUGUGUGUGUGUGUGUGUAGCAAGCUGAUCAUUAUAUAACAUGAUCAUGAAAUGGUUUUCCUAACAUUUUUAACUUCUGUGAUUUUCUUCUGCAAUUUAACAUUUCUCAGUGCGUAGCCUAUUUAGUGAGAAAUAAAUAUGUUUGGUUUA